AUGUUUUGUGAUUUGGACACAAAUUAUUUAUGUCAACAAUGUACAAUAUUAUAUCAAAAAAUUUAUUCGUAUUGCAAUGCAAUUAAUGCAACAAUUCAAUUUACAUUGCUACUAUUCCUAUCAACAAUAUUAUCGCAUAUUUCAGAAUAUAAAAGUAUUAAACUAUUAUUACAAUUCUGUGGUAUUCGCGACGAGAACAAUUCAAUUAAAUUUUCUACUCGAGAAUUUUCGAACUCAUUAUUAUAUUAUCACAGUGUUCGUGAUAAUUUAAUUGAUAAUGUGUUUAAAAGUGAUAACACAGUUUAUAUUAACGAUAAUAAUAAUAGAAGUGUUGUAACAACAUCAACAAUUAAUCAACAUCAGCAAGAGACAACAGUGUCACUAUCAUCAACGAGUUUAUCGUCAACUCAUCACUUGUUAUCACAACCAUCAUCAGUGACAACACUAUCAAGUGAGGAGUAUGUUAGUGAUGUGACAUCAGUUGUUACAACGACGCAACGGACUCCUUAUUUACCAUCAACGCAUAAUCAGUUUAUGGAAAUACUGACAGAAGGCAGUGUAUUAUUGUUAGUAGUGUGCCUUGUUGUAUUUAGUACAGCAUUAGGUGUAUUCACAUGUGUGGCAAAACGACCGUCUCAACAUCAUAAUCAACAACAACAUCAUCAAGCGAAUACAACACAAAAUUAUAAUUCCAAUCAAUCAAUUACAUCAUCAUCAAUAAUAACAGGUGGUGGUGGAGGUGGUGGGCAUCAUUAUCAACAACAACAACAAGGUAUUAUCAUUACAACUGAUUCAACAACAACAGCAACAAACACUACAACAAUAUUAUCAUCAUCAUCAACAUCAUUAUAUUCAACGUCAACUGUAACGGCAACAGCUGCAUCAUCAUCGAAUCAUCAAUUUCAUCAUAAUUUAUACAAUACGGCAGUUACCGCACCGAUGCUGUCGGUUGUAAGUGGUAAUACGGGUGGUGCAGUCGCUAUGGAGCGGCUGCGUGGCGGUGCUCCAGGACGAGGUGGUGCACCACGACAUCAUCACCAUCAUCAAUUACAAGUAAUGGUAGCUGCACAACGUGAUCGUGCCGUACGAUUGCAUUCUGUUCAUACAGACUUAGAAUUAGAUUUACCGCCAAGUAUAGCGUUACCUGAUGGUGAAGAACAUCCAUAUGGUACAUCGGCUAGAUUAAAACUUCGUGAUUCAGAACAGGAGAGUGAAAUAUAUCAAAAAUGUGUUCGUCCACCCCCAAAUCGCACCGUAUACGAAUCAGAAUCCCCACCACCAUAUCGAUCGAGUUCAGCGGGUUUAUUAGGAUCCUUGGGCGGUGGUGGUGGUAGCACAAGUAGUACGAAUAGUAGUAAUUGUUCUGGUAAUAGCAUUAACGAAUGGUCCACAACGGCUACCGGUAUUGGGGGUAGCAAUGCACCAUUAGUAGUUCGAUGUCAUUCAUUAUCAAGUGGCACUAGCACAACAAAGCGUAGUAGUGAUUAUCAUCAUUUACAUCAUCAUCAGCACACGUCAUCGUCAUCGAGUACGACAGCCGCCACAUCACAUCACCAUCCACAUCAACAAAUGUCAACGACAACAUCAUCGCCAUCAUUUAAUUCAACAAAAUCUGAUUUCAUACAAAGAACUGUGAAAAUAUUCACUGGCAAAAAGUUUAAUAAUAGUAAUAAUAAUAGUAAUAGCCAAUUAAUAUCGUCAACAUCAACUACAUUAAAUUCUAAUCCUCCAAGUGUAAAUGUACCGUGUGUAGUGGUGCCAACGACAUCUAGGUUACGGCCGCAACAACAACAAACUAAUAACAGUCAAUUAUCAACAACGUCGCCACCUACAUUAUCCACAUCGUCUACGCAACAACCAUCAGUAGUGACAUCUAGUAGUAAUUUAAAUAAUUCAAAUAGUGUAACAUCAACUGCAAUCAAUAAUCAUCGAUCAUUAAAAUUAGAUCAAACGAAUAAUAAAACUAAUCAUAAUGUCUGACCGAAAAUCAAAAGUUUUAGGAGUAAUAAUUAUUCAAUACAUUUUAAUCCUUUGAGAUAAUUCCAAUAUUUCUAUUUGAUAAUAAACAAUUGUUAUUAUUUUAUUCUUUCU